AUGGAGUUCUCGGCGCCGGUGCCGGUGCCGUUGCCGUGCCUCGUCGUGGACCACGACGGGGCGGGAGGGGAGCCCUGCACAACCCUACUCGACAUCUCCAAAGGGAAACAGUACCAACACCACGCAUGCGACGACGCCGGGAGCAGGCGGUUCCGGAGAUGGAUGACGCCGCACGGGUGGGUGCUCUCGUGGGACACCUCCACCCUCGCCACCUUCCUGUGGAGCCCUCAGACCUCGGACAAGAUCGACCUGCCGCCCCUCACGCCGGAGCAGGAGAUACCAUUGCACUCCGCCUGCUCCCUGUCCGGCAAGCCCGCCACCGCCGGCAGCUUCACAGUGGUCGCCGUCGAGCCGGAGGACACGGUGGUAUGGUACUGCCACGUCGGCGGCGACGCCGCCGGAGGACGUGGAUGGGUGAGGCACGAGUACGACAUGGGAAGCGUCACGUCCCCGGUGGUCAACGGCAGGAGCAUGCAGGCGAAGAAGUUCAUCACCCGGCUCACGGCCGUCGGAGGCAAGUUCUACUUCAAGUCGGAGGGUGAGCUCGGGAUGCUCGACUUCUCCCCUGCACCGCUCCUCGGCUCCGUGCCGGUCGCCGACAUCGAGCGCCCCCCGCGGACCACCUCCAUGGCGCUGUCGUUCGUCGAGCUCGGCGGUGAGCUCUACCUGGUCACCGCCUUCUUGCACUACGACAUCGGUGGCGCCACAAGCGUUCUCGGCUGCGGCGUGUACAAGCUGGACUUGGCAGGGAAGAGGUGGCGCAAGGUCCGCGACAUCGGCGACCGAGCCUUCCUCAUGUGCCCUCAGUAUUUCGGUGGUUGCUGCUCUGCGACCGCCUCCGGGUUGAGACCCAACUGCGUCUAUUGGAUGGGGCUGUGUGGCGACAAGCUGCUGCGAGUGAUCGACAUCGACGGGAACGAGGAAACUCAUGCAGUGCAGGAUCCGUGCAAAGAUAUCACCGGGUCAAAUCGUAACGCAAUUUGGAUGCUUCCUACCGAUCCAUAA